AGACUCCAGCUUCGCUGAUCUGGAAACAAAGAUUCUAGACAUCUUUCUAGAAAGUGUAGCUAGUGAUGAGGUUAGGCGUGAGGUUGCUCGGAACACACCAACCACCAUCAAGAAGGCUCUAGAGUACGCCCAGCAAGAGGAAGCAGCCUUCAUUGCCGUGCCCCAACGUGACGCUGUCCCACCAAUGACUCGCGACAUAUUCGGUCCCCGGCCUCCAACGACGGUUGACGUCUACGCCACGAGACAGUGCCAAUCCCGCGAAAUCGGCAUGCAGACGGCUCAGUGGCAGAUGAAUCCUCCAACGCAGAUGAAUCCUCCGCAGGUGAAUCCUCCGCAGAUGAAUCCUCCGCCGCCAACCUAUCCGUCCUACGGCUUCCCUCAA